AUGGCCGACCGAUCCCAAUCACUUCGGUGUUCGAUCUGCUCUCGCACAUUUUCCCGCGUCGAGCAUCUUCACCGUCAUGCACGGACUCAUACUGGCGAAAGACCUUUCAAGUGUGGAUGUGGUCUUUCAUUCGCCCGACGUGAUCUUCUCACGCGUCACCGACGUCUCAGACACCGCAACAGGCAAGAUAACCCCGUCUACCGAUUCAACAAGCGUCACAGUGGCCCGGAAAGCACCGACCCACCUCAAUUCCUAGCCGUGUCCAUGCCUCAGACUCCGUCAAGCUCGUUACCCAGUACCGCCAGGGUUGGAAACCCUCCCACGGACCUAAUUGGAGUGGAUCCUCUGCUUGAUCCAGUUCAGGAAUUCACGGAGUUUGUGGACACUAUGGGUCUCAGUUCAGAUUGGAACAUGUUCGCAGUACCACAGAUCGAGAACGAUCUGCAGCUGACACCAUUGACAAUGGAGGGAUUUCCUCUGCCUUCCAUGGAUACGAGCAGUCUAGGAUCUCGGCAGUCUGAAGCACAAUUGCUCAGUGCACCCCAGUUGCCAAUAUCCACGCCAUAUUCCCAAGACAAGGACGGAAUCCUUGGCGUAGGUGAAGAGGAGCCGAUGGCUUACAUUGACACGGCAGAACAGUGGAAUGUGACACCAUCCCAACAUGCACUCCUGCUCGAGAACAUCGAACAGUUCCGUGCGGUGCUUCCAGAAUUUGUGCUGCCCUCCCGUCAUGCUCUGACUAGGUUCAUCUCAGGAUAUUUUGAAGGUUUUCACAAUCAUCUGCCUUUUAUACAUCUGCCCACAUUCAAGGUCGUUGAAUGUGCCCCCGAAUUUAUAUUAUCGAUUGCUGCGGUUGGGGCCCAGUACAGGUUUGAGAGCCACGUUGGCUUGUCCCUGUUUGAUGCUGCGAAGGCUGUGUCCAUGGAACAAGCACGCCGCCGAACCCGCAAGUACUCCGAGGAAGUGGUUGGCUCGAGGCUAGCAAACCCCUUGCACCCGAGACCUUCAUACACCCUCAGUGAAAAGUCGAAGUGGGCCCGGUUGCAGACCGUUCGGGCCCUUUUGCUUCUGAUCGUCUUCGCGACCUGGGAUGAUGACCCUGAAUUGCUACGCGAAGCCAUCGGAUUCCAGACGGUUCUUGCGGGGUGCCUACGUGAGAGCACCUUCACCGAGCAUACAAAUAUCACUACUGUUGGGAACUGGCACGAAUGGGCGAGGAUUGAAGGAGACCGCCGGAUCAAGCUUGUGGUGUUUUGCUAUCUAACUCUGCAGGCUAUCGUGUACGACAUCCCGCCCACUAUUCUCAACGACGAAAUUCAAUUGCGGCUACCCUGCUCUUCCAUUCAAUGGAAUGCCAAAUCUGCCGGUGAAUGGUCUCGAGCCGGGCGUUCGGCCGAAGACUGCCAGCCACUGUUCCAAGACGCCUUAGCAUCUUUGUUAAGGAAACCAUGCGAAAUUCCCGCCUCGCAAACGUACUUCGCGUCGCCACUGGGAAACUUCGUUCUCAUCCACGCGCUUCUGCAACGAUUGUUCAUGGUUCAGCAGUUGGCUGGAGCGGCACCUUCCGCUUGUAUCGAUGGUCUCCGGAGUCAGUUGGAAUGUGCUCUUCAUCGGUGGAAGCUUGGCUGGCAGCGCGCUCCUGAAUCCAGCUUGGACCCCCACAACCCGAGUGGCCCCAUUCCCUUCACGUCGACAGGCUUUCUGGCCCUAGCCUACGCCCGCUUGGUCUGCAAUCUUGGUCCAUAUCGAGCGCUGAGCUCCCGUGAUCCAACUCGUAUUGCGGUGGCUCUCACCCAGCUCCCGCCCGUGGAUCGUAAUCUCCGCCUUAUCCCGGCACUCCUUCAUUCAGCCCAUGCACUCAGCAUACCGGUCAAGCUGGGAGUCGACUUUGUGGCCAAAAGUCAGCAUUUCUUCUGGAGUGUUCAACAAUGUGUUUGCAGUCUGGAAUGUGCUGUGUUCCUCAGUCGGUGGCUAUAUCAGCUUGGAUAUUCCAAGGACCGUUAUCCAUUAUGUGAAGGUGAACAACGUCUUUUGUUGUGGACUAGUGAAAUUGUGUCUGAGACGUCCAUACACCCCAUGCGAGCCCGCACAGCAGCUGGCCCCUCUAACCCAGGCGGAGAGCUCGACCCUUUUCGGCUGGGACUAUACGUUGUUCAAAUCUGGGCGAGAAUCUUCAAGGGUAAUACGAGCUGGCGGUUAGUAAACAUCCUCGGGGAAAGCCUGGACAUUCUGGUGUCGAUGAUGGAAAAUGGUUCAAUAUGGACCGAAGUGUCAGGCACUGAUUCUGGAGAUGACGGUUCCGUGGAACCGGAUCAAUGA